CUCGGCAAUGACAUUGACUUUGCAGGGGACUGCGGCCCUGUCAACCCUCCAGGUGAAGAUGCCCCUCCUAUCAAAUAUUUUGAUCAACAACUGGGAGGAGGGGAUGGAGGCGUUGAUUUGUUCGACCUGCUGGUCAGGGAGACAAACAGGUAUGCAGAGCAGUACCUGCAGGGCCGCACUCUAUCGCCGCAGAGCAGGGCUCGGGCUUGGAGACCCGUUGACCGGGAAGAAAUGCGGGCAUUUCUUGGACUCUUGUUGGGCAUGGGUGUCGUCAGGAAGCCAACCAUUUCAUCCUACUGGAAUGAGGGGGACAAGAACUGGCUGGCAUCAACACCUUCCUUCGGGGCAACCAUGUCGAGGAACCGCUUCCAAAUCAUCAUGCGGUUCCUCCACUGCAAUGACAAUUCUACUGCAGUGCCCCGAGGGCAGCCAGGUCAUGACCCCCUCCACAAGAUCAGGCCGGUCCUUGAUCUUGUGAAUGGAUCCUUCGCAAACACUCACCGGCUGGCCCAGAGUGUUUGUGUGAAUGAAAGGAUGGUUGGCUUUAAGGGACGACAUCAUCUUGUUCAAUACAUGGCCAACAAGAAAGCACACAGAUGGGGAGUGAAGUUGUGGAUCCUUGCCGAGGCGGGUACUGGAUACACCCAUCAAGUCCGGAUCUACAAGGGCAGGAACCUUGGAGGACCACCACCCAGGGCAGGCCUUGGGCACAGUGUGGUCAUGGACUUGAUGGAACAGCAUCUCGACAAGGGACACCACAUCAUCUGUGACAACUUCUUCAGCAGUCCGUCUCUCUGCCAUGAUCUCUUUGACAGGAAGACGUUCUGCACAGGAGUUGUCGCCGUCCGGAGGAAGGGAAUGCCGAGCUCCUUUGUUGGGAAAAGACCACCCAGGGGCUCGACAAUUGUGAGAAGACAGGGUCCACUGCUGGCAGUGCUCUUUUCAGACAGGAGGGUCUUCACAAUUUUAUCUACCAUGGGUAGUCCAAGAAUGGAAGAUGGGCUUAACUCACGGGGCCGGUCUGUCACUCUCCCCUCAGUCGUAAGACUAUACAACACCUUGAUGGGGGGAGUUGACCUUGGGGAUCAACUCAUUGCUGUAUAUGAUCCCCAAGUCCGCUCCGUGAAGCUGUGGAAGAAAAUUUUAAUCAACUUUCUUCUCACAGCUUCAGUUAAUGCCUAUCAGACCUUCAUGAACACCCAUGGUAGGACGACCCCCCGUCUGGACUUCCACAUGUCCCUGACCAAGGGGUACAAUGCCCGUUUCUCUGAAAAAUGCUAUCGUGAAGCCACUCCUAAAAAAAAACCUGACCUCGACACAGAACAUCUCAAGAACUACAGACCUGUUUCUAACCUUCCAUUCCUCUCCAAGCUCAUUGAAAGAGCUGUUGCAGAACGUCUGUCACAGCACUUGACCCUGCACAACUUGUAUGAUCCACUUCAAUCAGCGUAUCGCCCUCGACAUAGCACCGAGACAGCUCUCCUGAAAGUCGUCAAUGACCUGAGAUGUGCCAUCGACUCGGGGAAUGUUGCUCUGCUCGUUCUCUUGGACUUGAGCGCGGCUUUCGACACCAUCGACCACCAAAGACUGCUGCAGCGACUUCAGGACGAUUUUGGUGUCCAAGGAUCUGCACUGAAUUGGUUUAGCUCCUAUCUGUCUCAGAGAUCACAGUGUGUGUACAUUGAUGGACAGUUCUCAGAUUCAGUACAUCUAAACUGCGGUGUGCCUCAAGGUUCAGUAUUGGGCCCGAUAUUAUUCACUCUUUAUACCAAGGAAUUGGGUCAAGUCAUCGACCAGCACAAGCUGCCAAGACACCUCUACGCUGAUGAUACGCAGCUCAUUAAAAUAUUUCGACCAAUAGCAUCCAUAGCAGAAGCAGCCUCUGCCGAUGUUACCAACUGCUGUACACAGAUAAAGAAUGGAUGA